UCUGGUCCGACCAGGCGGUGCGGCGAAGCGGCGGGCGAGCCCGGCCGCGCUGCCGGCCCUGGCGCGGGCUGCGCCGCCGCCGCCGGCACCGCGCGCGCGCCCUGCGGGCCGGGCCCGGGCGGCGGCGGCGACCCGACGGGCCAAGCCGCGGCCGGAGGUGCAGGCCACCAGGGCGGAGCGUGCCGCCGCGCGGCAGGGGGGGCUCCCCGAGGACAAGCGCGCGACGGACGGCGAGGGCCUCACGUUGCUGGAAAGGGAGAGCGUGGGAGACCACAACCAGACCGCCGCCGACUACGACGAGGUGGCCCUGGAGUGGGCCCGCCAGACGUUCUUCGACGGCGGCGACGCGCAGGAGGGGACCAGGCUGAAGGCGGUGCUGCAGUACUACUACCCGCGGCUGCUGGCCACAGUCGGGCUGCCCAGGUUCGCCCGCGCUCUGAAGGGAUGGAGGCGGCUGGUCCCGCCUCGCAGCCGGCUCCCGCUCCCGUGGGAGGUCACGUGCGCGGUGGCAAACCAGCUGGCAGCCAGCCAGGACCUGCGCGCCGCGCGCCUCAUCAUCGUGAUUUUCGUCUUCUACCUUCGACCCGUGGAGCUGAUGUCGCUGACCGGGCGGCAGGUGGUGCCGCCGGUGCGGGCGGCCGGGCGCAACGCCUGGUCGAUCGUGCUGUUCCCGAUGGAGGAGGAGACGCCCAGCAAGACUGGCGCGUGCAACGAGAGCCUCCUUGGCGACCUGCCGUUCUACAGCUUCAUCGGGGACGUGCUGAAGCUGCUCAAGGCCAGCGUGGGCGACAAAGAGCUGGUGGCGCAGGUGCGCUACGUGCAGCUGGCGCAGGCGUUCCGAGCGGCGGGCCGACAGCUGGGGCUCGAGGGCCCGCCGGGCCUGUACCAGCUGCGGCACGGCGGGGCGUCUGCCGACCUCGCCAGCGGCCGCCGCAGCAUCCCAGAGGUGAAGGCUCGCGGCCGCUGGGCGAGCGACAGCUCGGUGACAAGGUGCGGCAAGGGCGGCCCGAUCGCCGACCAGCUGGCCAAGCUGCCGGAGCUUUUCCUCGAGCACGCCAUCGCCUGCGCCAAGAAGAUUGGCGGCAUCCUCUGCGGGCGCUGCCAAACUUUGCCGCCCGUGCGGCGUGUCCUGGGGUAUGCCAUCUUUGAGUGGGACCUCCGCUGGGGCGACGAGUAUGACCUGGCCCGCCAGCGUGCUCGGCGCCUCGUGCGGGGAUGGGUCAACAACGGGCUGAUCGCUGCCGUGUGGCUGGGGGCCCCCUGCCACAGCUGGAGUCGCGCGCGAGACAUCCGACCCGGGCCACCGCCCCUUCGGAGUGAUGUGCACGUGAUGGGCUUGCCCGACCUGGCGCCUCGUGACGCCGAGAAGGUCGGCCGCGUGACCAGCUUCAAGGGAAGAACCCUGCUG